AUGUCGACACGAAGAUCACGCGGACGGACUCGCAACGCACUGGCCGACAUCACCCCGUCGAUGCUUCCCGAUGACAACAUGGAAGUAGUAACGCUGAAUAAAUACUACGAGUAUCGAGAAUCCACGAUUUCGAGAAGUAAUUCAAGUCAACGAAAGCGAGCCAGCCAUCUGAUUGCCGACAUGGAUGAUGAAACUCCAAAUGUAUCAUCGGCAACUGAGGAUCCAUUCAUGAGGCCUGAUGCUGUAUCUUUCUUCCAAACGCCCGGAAUAUUCAAAUAUCGCCGAAGAACCAGCACUGAGCCACAAAUUGACUACUUCGAACAUUUCCAAAUUCCAAACGAAUGUAUUCUCAAAAUUUUCGAAAACUUUAAUAAGCGAGACGUGAUUACCGCGAUGAAGGUUUGCCGCAAGUUCUACAAUCUUGGGGAGAACAAAGACCUUUGGAAAACUGUUGAUUUGGCGAACAAAACAAUUCGCCUUGUGGACCUGUUCAAGAUUGUCGGCCGAGGAUGCCAAGUUCUUCGUCUAUGCGGAACAAAAAUCAAUGAGGAAGAACAAGAUGAAGCAAUGCUACAUCAAGGGUAUGGAAUGUUACAGAAGAACCUGCUCACCCAUAUCGACUUCUCGCGGUGCACAAUUUCGACAUUAGCUCUUGAGACGAUUCUCUGUGGAACAAAUCUUUUGCAGGGUCUUUCGCUGGAAAACGUAAACCUAUCAACGCGGAUUCUUGAAGCGAUUGGACAGAACACAGAUCUACUCUACUUGGACUUAUCAAUGGCUCGCGGGAUCAAAACUUCGGAUAUAAAAUGCUUCCUGCCUCAACUUACAAAAAUAGAAGAGCUCAACCUAUCGUGGUGCAACCUAGAUGCAGAAGCCCUCAACCGUGUCAUGCAAUACAUAUCAUCCUCCGUCCAGCGAAUUUGCUUGGCCGGUUCAAGAAAUAAGGCAUCCUUGUUUGAUUCACAUGUUGAAGCGCUCUGUCGACGGUGUGUCACUUUGAAGGAGGUCGAUCUAUCGGAUUCGACUGAACUCACGCGCGCUUCCCUACAAUUUUUGAUCGACAUGCCACAGCUUGAAGUGUUAUCGUUGUCUCGAUGUUUUGGAAUCCAUCCGCUUGCGUAUCUAUCUUGUGCAAACAUUGCUCGUCUCAACAUUUUUGGCUGUGUGACGGAAGAGGGUGAGCAAACACUGCGCAUAAGACUUCAGAACACCGCCGUUAAUAUGGACCCACAUUCAUCCGUUGCUCGUCCCACUCCUCCCCCAUCAGUAACAUCGAUUUGGCGAAUGAAAGUCAAAGAUUUAUAU